AUGGCUCCCCGACGUUCCUCCAGGGCGCCUUCAGCGAAGCCUGCUUCAAAAGUUGCUUUGGAACCAACUGCGCCAAAAUCCCAGGUCAAUGGUGUUUCCAAGAAACGCGCAGCUUCCCCAGAGCGAAUCGAAACUGCACCAUUAAAGCGCUCUAAAUCGGAAACCGAGAAAUCGGAGAAUGAUCCUCCGGUAAAACCUGCUUCCACACGCAAACCGCGCUCAAAAACUUCUGUCGCAAAAGUCCCAGCAGAACCUGCCACCAAAAAGGCAGCAAAAACCAAACUUUCACCCGUCCGCGAAACACAGCCAACGCCGCAUGUUCAAGUAAAGCCAUAUUUCAAUCAGCUGCCUUCACCUCCUCAAAAGCAGCGACCUGGUUUAGUUCCCUUUGCCUGGGGUGCAGGCAAUUUUGGGCAGUUUGGAAUGGGUGCUGAUGCACUCGGUGAGUUUGCCAAACCCAAGAAAAAUGUUUGGGCAACGGAACAGAUGGAAGAUGGUGCGUUUGGCGAUGACAACGCUGGGAUCGAAUCUGUCGUGGCCGGUGGUUUGCAUACUAUCUUCAUCGACGAGAGGGGCACAAUUUGGACAUGCGGCGUGAACGAUGACGCCGCGCUUGGCCGAAUCACCCAAGAUGUCCCAGACCCAAAAAAUCCCGGUUCUUUCUUAAGUGUUGACGAUCUCACCGCCGUCCCUCAUCCUUUGCAAUCGCUGGUCGAUGAGGGCUUCCGUGCCGUUACGGCUGCUUCUGGUGAUAGUAUUUGUGCCGCCGUCAGCGACAAAGGCGAAUUAAGAGUGUGGGGCUCAUUCCGAGUCAACGAAGGCUCUCUCGGUUUCUCCAACGGACUUAAGCAUCAAUUCAAACCUGUGCCCAUUCUGGAACUCAGCCAUAAACCAGGUGAUGCUGAGAAGGUCUCCUCAAUUGCCGCAGGGAAUAACCACCUGCUUGUGCUAACGACGCACGGACAUAUCUAUUCUUGGGGCGCUGGAGAGCAGUCUCAACUAGGAAGAAAGGUUUUGGAACGCCGUAAAAUUCAUGGUACAGUGCCGGAGAAGGUCACUCUUGGUACACGACUUCGGAAGGCCACUGUAGUCGGCGCAGGUGCCUUCCAUUCGUUUGCUGUUGACGACAAAGGCGAUGUCUGGGCCUGGGGACUGAACAGCAUGGGCCAGACUGGAACGGGCUAUGCUUCUUCAGAGGAUUCUGUCGUACAGCUGCCCAAGAAAAUUCAGAAACUGAGCAAAGAGACGCUUGGUGAUGAUGUUGUGAUUCAAAUCGCCGGAGGUACACACCAUACUCUAUUCCUACUGCAAUCAGGAAAGGUCUAUGCAUGUGGUCGUUCAAGCUCUGGUCAACUUGGACUUCCCGCUGAUGACCCAGCGUUCAAAGAUCAGGUUGACCCUGACUUCGUUUCGGAACCUGUGUUGGUUCCUUUCCCAGACUCUGACGAUCCAGUUGUUCAGAUAUCAUGCGGAUCUCAUAACAACUCGGCUGUGACAAGAGGAGGAGCACUUUACUCCUGGGGACAAGGGGUUCAAGGCGAAUUAGGUCUAGGGGAUGAGGAAGAAGUAAAAACACCCCAGAUUGUUGUGCGCAAAGACGGUGGCGCAUGGUUUGCUGCAGCCGUGUCAUGCGGUGGCCAACACUCAAUAGGACUGUUCCGUAGCAAGAAAUAA